AUGCCUGCAAUGGAAUUCCCCGGCUUCUCCCACAUUGCCAUCUUGCUAGCCUCAUUCGUCCUAUGGAGAAUAUUCUCCACCCGACAUCUUCACCCCCUGGCCAGUUACCCGGGUCCCUUAUUCUGGUCGGUGUCAAGGGUUCCCUAUGCAGCAGCAUAUGCACGUGGACAUCUACACCUACGGAUCAAAGAUCUCCAUGAUCAGUAUGGCGACGUUGUGCGGGUUGCCCCUGAUGAGUUGAGUUUCCGAAAUGACCAAGCCUGGAAAGAUAUACACGGCCACUCGAGAAACUUUCCGAAAGACAUGCGAUUCUAUCAUGUCUCUCAUAACAAAGCGCCGAGUGUGGUCGUCGCUCCUGAUGAAAUUCACAGCCGUCAGAAGAAGGCCAUUCUCCGAGCGUUCUCGGAACCAGCACUGAAGUCUCAUGAAACGAUACUUCGGCCAUUUGUUGAUACGCUCAUUCAAAGACUUUCGGAAAACGCGGCAAGCAAACCUAAUAGCUAUGCAGAUAUGACUGUAUGGUACAAUCAUGUCAUGUUCGAUUUCAUGGCACUCGAGCUGUUCGGUGAAUCCUUGGGCUGCCUCGAAAGUGAGACGAAUCACUCAUGGGUAAGGAUGCUAUUUGACUCGAUCAAGGCCUGGGCUGUUCUCAGCCAGAGUGCAUAUUUCCCAGCCUUUUCAUGGAUCAUCUACGCCCUAGCACUAUUUUUCUACCGCGAUAUUCUCCGUCAACGAAACAAAAAAUAUGCUUCAGUCUCAUCGAAACUGUCCGAGCAGGAUUCCGAUCCUGAUCGAACCACUUUCAGUAAUUACAUACGGGCUAAAAAAGAUCCCAAGUCGACUCUUUCUGCCCAGGAAGUUUUCUCAAAUCACAGCUUUAUGAUGAUGGCAGGGAGUGAGACUACCGCGACCCUUCUGUCGGGGUGUACGUUCUUUCUUCUGAGGUCGCCAGGAGUGCACGAGAAGCUUUCGCAGGAAAUUCGGAACAGUUUCACCUCUUCUUCGGAAAUUUCUUUUUCCUCGCUAGAAGACAAAGAAUACCUCCGAGCUGUGCUUCAGGAGACAUUGCGAAUGUACCCACCCCUACCACUCGGUAUGCCGCGUGUUGUGCCUACUGAAGGGUCGAUUGUAUCAAACAAGUUUGUACCAGGGGGGACAUCAGUCGCUGUUGCGUCGUGGGCGACCUAUCAGUCCGCGUCCAACUUCACAGACGCACAGUCAUUCCUACCCGAACGCUGGCUGGAUGGUGAUUCAAAAAUCCUCGAUAUCAAAGAUGCCAUGCAGCCCUUUUCAGUAGGCCCGAGGGCAUGCCCGGGAAAGCGGUUGGCAUUUGGUGAAGCAAGCCUGAUACUCGCUCUGCUGAUUUGGAAUUUUGACUUAGAGCUGUCGAAGGAUUGCUCGAACUGGGCCGAUCAACGGGCUUUUCUUAUCUGGGACAAGGGGCCACUUUGGGUCAGGCUUACUCCUCGCGCUUGA